AUGUUCAUCUACAUCCUGGCGGGGCUCUUGGCCCUUAGCAAUGCUCAUCGCUUCGUGGCGCCAUUUCUGGAUGAUGUUUCUGAAGCGGGAAGAAAGGAAUUCCGGGACAUCAUCUCCGACCAGCAGUUGAGCCGGGAAGAACGUGACGCCAAAGUGGCAACAUGGCUGGAUAAACAAUCCCAGGAGACAAAGGCCGAAUUCCUGAAAUUCCGCGAGUUCCGGAACAAUCAAAUUCGCCGCCAGGAUGAGUACCAGGAAGCGCUGAAAGCUCUGCCCCAACAAGUGCAAGCGGCUGUGCGGGAAGUGAAGCAAGUGCAGCAUCGUCAUGAUUUGGCAACAAAGGAAAAACAAGCACAAAUUGCCGAGAUUCUCGGAAAACUAUCGGAUGACGAAAAGGAACAAUGGGAUCGCUUCAACGAUUGGGCCGAAGCCCUGUUCGCCAAGAAACAA